AGGACAGGAAGAGAGUAAGUCCAUAGCCUUUAGCAGAGACUCUGGAGGCCGGAAGUGAGGUUUGGUUUCCGGGUGAGCUGGCUCGUGUUGCGCAGGCGGGAAAGUGUCUCUGGCGGAGGAGGAGCAGGUUAUUUAGAUCUGUGUUGUCUGGAUCUCAGGGCUUCUGUUGCAUCCGUUAGGACUGGAAUGUGUCAAGUUCAAGAAAGGAUUAAGACACCGCCUUGUCUUGCCUGAUUCUCUCCACAAAACCUUCCCCCAGAACUGCACAUCUUGGUGUGGCUCCGACCCCUACCUUAGUGGGUGAGGGGUAAGGAGGGAAUUGUCGUCAUGUCAGAUACAUUGGAAUUCAAUGAAAUAUACCAGGAAGUGAAGGGAUCUAUGAAUGAUGGUCGCCUGCGGCUAAGUCGUCAAGGUGUGAUUUUUAAGAACAGCAAAACUGGAAAGGUUGACAACAUUCAGGCCUCAGAACUGGCAGAGGGUAUCUGGCGCAGAGUGGCAUUGGGCCAUGGUCUGAAACUACUUACAAAGAGCGGGCAUGUUUACAAGUAUGAUGGAUUCAGAGAGACGGAAUUUGACAAACUUGCAGAUUUUUUCAAGACCCACUUUCAUUUGGAGCUUGCUGAAAAAGAUUUGUGUGUGAAGGGAUGGAACUGGGGGACAGUAAAAUUUGGAGGACAACUUCUUUCUUUUGACAUUGGGGAGCAGCCAGUUUUUGAGAUCCCACUCAGUAAUGUGUCCCAGUGCACAACUGGUAAAAAUGAGGUGACACUGGAAUUCCAUCAGAAUGAUGAUGCUGAAGUGUCACUCAUGGAAGUGCGUUUUUAUGUACCCCCCACUCAAGAAGAUGGUGUGGAUCCUGUGGAGGCAUUUGCACAAAAUGUGCUGUCCAAGGCAGACGUCAUCCAGGCCACGGGAGAUGCCAUCUGCAUCUUCCGAGAACUACAGUGCUUGACACCUCGUGGCCGUUAUGACAUCCGCAUAUACCCCACCUUCCUGCACCUCCAUGGCAAGACAUUUGACUACAAGAUCCCCUAUACUACUGUUUUGAGGCUUUUCUUGCUGCCCCAUAAAGACCAACGACAGAUGUUCUUUGUGAUCAGUUUAGAUCCCCCUAUAAAGCAAGGCCAAACUCGCUACCACUUUCUUAUCCUACUCUUCUCCAAGGAUGAGGACAUCUCCUUGACUCUCAACAUGAAUGAGGAUGAGGUAGAGAAGCGCUUUGAGGGAAGACUCACCAAGAAUAUGUCUGGCUCUCUUUAUGAGAUGGUCAGUCGUGUCAUGAAAGCCCUUGUCAACCGUAAGAUUACUGUGCCUGGCAACUUCCAAGGACAUUCUGGAGCACAGUGCAUCACUUGCUCCUACAAGGCCAGUUCGGGGCUCCUGUAUCCUUUGGAACGUGGCUUCAUCUAUGUGCACAAACCACCUGUUCACAUCCGCUUUGAUGAGAUUGCUUUUGUAAAUUUUGCUCGUGGGACCACAACUACGCGUUCUUUUGACUUCGAGAUAGAAACAAAGCAGGGAACUCAGUACACUUUCAGCAGCAUAGAGAGAGAGGAGUAUGGCAAACUGUUUGACUUUGUGAAUGCCAAGAAGUUGAACAUCAAGAAUCGAGGACUUAAGGAGGGUAUGAAGAAUAUGCCCUAUGAUGAAUAUGCUGGCUCAGAUGACGACUCACAUGAUGCUUACUUGGAGCGUAUGAAAGAGGAGGGCAAGAUUCGUGAGGAACAUGCAAAUGACAGUAGUGAGGACUCUGGAGAAGAGACAGAUGAAUCAUUCAAUCCUGUAGAGGAAGAGGAGGAUGUGGCAGAAGAGUUUGACAGCAAUGCCUCAGCCAGCUCAUCUAGCAAUGAAGGAGACAGUGAUGAGAAGAAGAAACCUGUCAAAAAAGCCAAAAUUGUCAAAGAACGCAAGCCCCGAAAGAAGCAGUCUGAGAGUAAGAAAGGGAAAGACCCCACAUCCCCCAGAGACCUUUAUCUGCCUACAUGCUCUGGCUCAAUGCUAAGCGUGACAAGAUCAGGUCAGAUAGUCCUGGCAUGAGUGUUACUGCAUGUGUCCAAGAAGGCUGG